AUUCCGAAAAGUGAAAAGUUUUUUGUUCGUUCAAAAAUACGUCCAAAUUAGUGAAAAAUUAACCAUUUUCCGCAAAAAUUUAGCGUCUAAUACGAUGCGAUAGCACCCGCCAAAGGAAUUACGUAUUGCCAGCUGCAAAUAGUGCCCUGCUAACACGACCGUCGCACCGGAGUAGUGGCAGCAACGAGAAAAAAAAAAUCAUUGACCCCUUCCAUUAUCGGACCAAGAGCAAGAGUUGGAGUGAAUAUUCGAUUGUGUUGGUGGGCGGAACAGAAACAGGCCAAGAAAAUUAAGGGGAUCAUCAAUUAGUAAUUGAACAAAAAACUACUACCGGCAACGAGUAAGUGGUGAGAGCCCACAAUGGAGGAGCCGCCGCAGACGGAACCGUCGGUGCAGGCCUCGACCUCGGCAGCAACCUUCGGCAGCAAGAAACGGAAACUUUCCAGCGAUGAAUGUACCUUUGCACAACCAAACAUGAAAAUAUUAUCGGUCGAGCUGUCCGAUAUUGAACUGCAGGUGUCCCUGUUGGAUCUAAGCGAUGAGAUCCUUAUGGAAAUUUUUCUCAAUCUGGACAGCGACAGUUUGAUAUCACUGUCGGAAAGCUGUGUUCGGCUGAACAGCUUAAUCGAGGACAAAAAACUGUGGGCAACUGCCGACUUCAGUAAGUCGCAGUUGAGCGGUCAGGAAUUACUACGUAAAAUAAAACACCUGCAAGGAGAAACUCGUUCGCUGAAAAUACGCGGUCUGACCGGUCUCUAUCCGUUGGAUAAAUGGAAAACUCCAACGGUGACCGCCAAUCUGCUGGCACAAAUCAACAAGCGAUGCCCACAGUUGGAGCAUUUCGAAAUCAUUGAAGGCUACAUGGACACGAACAAUAUGGCAAUCAUCUCGUUUCCGCCGAGCAUUAAGACCCUAGUGUUUAGAAAGUGCGAAGCGGAUCGGUCAAUGGCAUCGGAGAUACGAAUGGGAUUUUUGUCCAAGAUUGAUAGGACUUUGCAAAAACUAGAGGAACUUACAAUAGAAUAUUGCAGCUGGUUCGAUACGCACGAUUUUAUGGUAUUGUCCAAGGUACCGCAUUUGCGCUAUCUCAGCCUCAAAGGUUGCGCCAACAUGAAGGAUAGCGUACCAUACGCUAGCAUUGCAACUCGAUUUGGAUUUAAAAAGUUAGAGAUCCUGGAUCUACGCGACACACCGAUAUCCGACUCGGACGUGAGUUGCUUCAACAUUGUUCAAUCACUGAAGGAAUUGCUGCUGGAAUGUCCUGAAUAUCUGCGCACUGAGCGAGGUUUGAGCGAAUACAAUGAAGCAGAGCGACAGCGAGUAGAACAACUGCGUCGAAUAGCUAACCAGGACAUCCUCAAUCCGCUCAAUAGACGCCAGGAGCAGGCUGGAGCAGAAGGAGCAAACCCACCAGAAAACGGUCAACAAGCAGAAGCGGCGGAAAAUGCUGCAGAGCCGGCACCACCUCCGCGACCGCCCCGGCCGCACUUUCUCGGUGAAGGCCGCAAUGUGUUCCGUUUCGUCAACCGCCAUUUCUUCCCUAAUUUGCAUGAAAAUCGGGAAAAUUUAAUUCGCAUCAUAAAUCGCGUCGAAAUGGAUCCACCGGAAGAACAACAAGAACAGCAGCCGGCCAAUAAUGUGCCUCCUCCGCCACCACCACCGCCAGCUCCCGCGAUCGAGGAACCACAACAACGUCUGCCAGUCGCUGCUCCCGCUGCGCCACUGCCACCACAACCGGAGAAUCCGGAAAUACGACAGCGUCAUGUACGCAUCGUUUACAACAAUCGACGCAAUAUCAUACGCAUCAUCAAUCACCUUGAGCGGAACAACAAUGACGAGGAUAACAAUAACGAACUGCAAUUUCCGCACGUCAUGCCUCGUCCGGUUGAAGCUGCCUACCAGCAAAUUUUCGAGGCCGGUAACAGAGAUCGCGUGGAGAAUGGCCCUGUCGAUGUGCCACCCGCCGCUGAUCCACCGGUUCCCGCUGCCCUCGGAAAUGAACAACAACCAGAGGCAGCAGAUGCGGAACGUCCUGUAAACGGUGCUGCAGCAGCCCCUGCUGAUGGUGUGAACGGUAACGGCGGCGCUAACGGCGAUGCAGACAAUGGUGAUGACGGUGAUCAACCGGCGGCCGCCGGUGCGGCAGCCGAAGGACAGGAACCGCAACCCCAGGAAGAUAUGAACGUCCGGGUCAUUCUGCAUGGCGCCUUCCAGAACAAUCAUCCGAGAAUAAUGCCGCAUGUGAUCAUUGUGCGCGGCGUAGAAAACAACAACCCAGUCGCGGAGGUUGCGGACAACAAUCAGCACCGGCCAGCUAAUGCUUUUUACCAGUAUCUGAACCUGGGACCCGGUGCGCCCGGUCCCAAUUACGUUUCGCUCGUUAGCGAUCGGGGCAUCUGCGCGUACGGCGUUUCGCGGCACGAACUGGGUGGGGCGGCUUUCAUUCGCGAAUAUUUCCGACCCAACAUGACCGGCCUCGAGCGGUUGUGCGUACGAAACUACAAACUGGUGACGGAUACCUCCCUCGAUCACCUGGAAUCGGCGGCACCGAACCUGAAGCUACUGGACGUCACCGGUACCUCAGUUUCGGCCGAAGGUGUGCGCAAUUUUAAACUAGCACGACCUAAUUGUACUAUACUUUCUGACUUCGAGUAGAUGUUAAGGGCUUCAAACACGAUGGACUAACUUAAAAUUAAUGGUUCGGUAGCACAUUCGUGUAUCUUUUCUAGGCUGCUUAUUUUUAAUUUAAAACGCUCCGACACAAACAAAACAUUAGAGGUAGAUAACCGAGGGGUUAGCAACGGAAGGCUGAAACCCAAAAAGGUGGAAAUUGAGAACCUGAAAAAAAUAUAUACCGCAUGAAUGAAACUAAGCUGCAUGCACUUAAGUAUGCAUGAACGAAAGGCUGAAACAAGAAACGGUAAAAAUUUCCCAUAUUCAAUAUGAUUAAGUUAAGCUGCAUUAUCCUAUUUGCAGUAAUGGGAAUGACAUGCACUGGGGAGCUGAGCUGAAGCAGUUUAUUUAGGACUGAGACGGGAGUGUGGGUGUUCGGGAUGUGAUAUUUUUCUAACUGCAAACAGCUUCAACUUAUGACAAAAUUUAUCGUUGUGUGUGAUGUGGUUUCUCUAUGCAAAGCGAAGAUAGAGAUAGCCAUUUUUCAAAAUUGUCUUACAGGUUUGGGCCUGGAGACUCUUCCCAGAAUUUUUUGAAAUUUUGUACCCAAGACGAUUAUGCAUGUUUGGAGCUUUAAACGAAAAUAAUACCCUUAAAAACUCAAAGUAUCCUAUUUUCCCAGAAGAUUCCGAAAGAAAUUUCCUGAUUUUCUUAAACAUCACUUAUUUUAAAUAGUCAUAGCUCUUAAACCAAAUAUUGUAGGAAAAAAAUGCAUGCAAAUUUUCUCAGUAACUUAAAAAAUAUCGUAAAACCAUUUUGAAAUUUUCAAAUUUUGAGUUUCUCGCGGUCAUUACGUCAAAGUACCCGAUUCCCUAAGUCAAAAAUUGAUGUCUUUCAGCCUUUUGUGCUUUUGAGAAUUCGAACCUUCCGAUUUUCAGCCUUUCGCAGGAGACCCAUGCAACAAACAAAACAAAUCUGAUAAAAAAAAACAAAUACUUCCGCUUUACCGGAAGAGCAGACGCUUGCUGCAGCACAGGUCAUUUACAAAACUGGUCAAAACCGUAGAAGUUCAAUGUUUGGAUCUGCAAAUUCAGUAUAUUUUAUAAAGGGAAAGUACCCACAGAUAAAGACUUUAUUUAAAAGCUAUCGUUUGACUAAAAGAAUGAUUCUAAAUUUUCCGACUUCUAGAGCAAAGAGCAUAUAAUAGCGGAAAAAUUAGCGCUCUUCAAUUAAGUUUUCGAAGCAGACAGACUAAGAAUUAGUUAAGCGUUGAUAAAAGAAAAAAAAUCUUUUCAUCAUAUAUUUUUAUUUUAGAAAGCUGAUGCUCUAUAUAAAAUAUGUCACUAAAUUAUCCUAGAAUCAUUGAAUUCAAUACAAAUUUGAAUGAUUAAAAAUAAAUGUGCAGU